GCUUUUCCCAACAUUUCCAAUUCGAUUUGUAUUUAUCACUCAAAAAAGUACCAAUUUUUCCCUCUGAAAAUUUCCAGAUCUGCAAUUGCUGGUCCAACUUCUGAUUCCAAUUACAGACUUCUACUUCCGGCUUCUAGAAUCUUCCAUUGUCGUGUAUGCAUAGUUUCAACCGGAUCACCGGCGAGAACUGUGACCGGCGGUUUCUGCAAUGAGUUAUCGGAGGGAUCAUCGGGCCCAUAGAGCUGCUCUCUUUGAUAACUAUGAUAGUAUUGAGGAAGGUGGUAUAAGGGCUUCAUCUUCCUAUCCCCGUGAUCUUGAUGAACGAGACAAUGACAAAGCUGUGGAUAGCUUACAAGACAGAGUCAGCUUUUUAAAGAAAUUAACAGGUGACAUACAUGAGGAGGUGGAGACCCACAACAAGAUGCUAGACCGAAUGGGGAAUGAGAUGGAUUCAUCUAGGGGAAUCAUGUCAGGAACUAUGGAUCGGUUCAAGAUGGUGUUUGAGAUGAAAUCGAAUCAGAAAGUGUGCAAACUUGUUGGAUACUUCGUACUUUCCUUUUUCCUAAUAUACUACAUAUUUAGGUUUCUCAUGUAUUUCAUGUAUGGAUGAGGGGCAGGAUCACUAAAAUUGGUUGGCC